CGCGCGUGUGUGUCCGCACACACACGGGCUUUGUACGUCCCUCACAUUCAGACCCAUCCCCCAAGGGAGGAGACCUGAGGGGAGUGCGCGGGUUUUGCGGGCCCGGGGAUGGAGGUUCCCCCACGUAAGCAGGGCGGCUCGGGGGAAGUCCGCUCGCAGCCGCGCUCCCGCCACCGCAGCGCCGCGCAGCCAGCCUGCAGCCGGCGGAGGAGACUCCCCGCGAGCGAGGGCCCGGCGCGGGGCCGCGACGCCUGCGGGGCCGAGCGAGGCCCGGCGGGGGCGGGGGCGCGGCGCGUGUCCUCGGCUCGGCGCGCGGAGCCAAUAGGAAGCCCGGGCCGCGCCGAGACCCGGGCGCAGCGCCGCGCGGAGGCACAGCCCAGCCCCGGCCGGUGCACAGCCGCCAGCCGCAACCCCGCGCGCCCCGCGCCGCCCCCCGCCCGCGCGCGCCCCCGCAGGCGCGUCCGCGGGAGCCCGGCCGCCGGCCCCCGAAGGCGGCAGACGCAGAGCCGGCGCGCAGCCCGCGGGGCGCUCUGUGGCUCGCCGGACAGGGCCCCGAGGACGAGGCUCCCAUCGCGUCACUGCAGAUUACUUUGUAAUAAAGGAAUCCCAUGGCUGAAGGAUAAAUCUGUUUGAAGGCACUUACCUGUUUGAGAGGCAAAGCAGGGUAAGUAAGAUUGUAGGCUGCUGGCGAAUACAGUAACCCUCAGGAGAAGACACACCUGAGGGUUUGUUCCAGUAAGAAAACAUUUCCGGAUUGUGAAGGCAAGGGAAUUUGAGACAAAGGAAAUACAUGACUUAAUGAAAAAAUUCUCCCCAAAGAGGGUUUUUGAAGGCUAUGACACCAAGAACACAAAAAUUCACAAACAUGACUUUUGUGGUAUGGAUUAGUAGUAGUUCCAAGCUAAAAUCCUCCACUCUUGUAAUUUAUUUAAACAUCGAGAGAGGGAAAAAAGUAGAACACACUGAGCAGGGGAACACUUGACUAGCUCAUGUGAAAUGCUAAGCUGAGUUGACUUUGCCUAGAACAAAUACCAUCUGCGUUCACAAUGAUCCCACCUGGUUCUAUAGUUGGGACUCUAAAAGCUGAAGGAGGCUCAUCUUAUCACCUAUGGGAAACUCGCCACCUCUCUCUGCUUUCGUGCAAUUACAACACACACCCUGGAUAAUGCAUUAUAUUUUCUAAUUAUAGUAGCACUGUUUCAGGCAAGUCGAUAGAUGUGUGAUAUUGUACUUACAGUUAAUAAAAGCCCAGCAGGUCUAUAAUGAGAUUUCAUUGCCACUUGCUUUUUCUAGGAAUCUAAAUUUCAUCCAGUUUUCAAGCUAUCUUUAAUUUUCCCUUACUGAUCAUUUUACAAAUUAAGAUUCAUCUAACACUUGUUAAGGGCUGAACACAUGCCAGAUUAUACUAAACACGUUCCUGCAUAAUAUAUAAUUUAACCGUUACAUGAACUCGGAGGAUUUAUCUUCUGCAAGUUUUAUUAAGGCAUUGAUUAUAACCAGGACAUUUGAAAGCUAAAAACAUAACCAUUUAUGCAAGCAUUCAUUCAAUAGGUAGCUGUUGAGCUUCUUUGAACAGCAGUAACAAAAGCAACAGUAACAAAAUGAUCUGGUUAUUAUUGCUAGAUGAUCCUUUGCAUUUUGUUUCCACAUACAUUGUUGCACUUAAUUCCUGGAUCAGCCAGUUCCUCACACAUGUGUAAACAACAAGCAAACAUCUUUCUACAGCACCAACUCCUCACUUCCCGAUUGAAACUAUGUAUGUGGAAAUAAUCUUGCCUGACUGUUGAUUGAAGUCUGUGGUCAUAGGAGUGUCUUAUUUGAUAAACAGAUGAAAAAUAGUCACCCUCAAGCCCACUACUGGAGAGAAAAAAUAGGUUGUGUCUAUUUUAACCCCUUUGCUGAGGACGUGUUCAUGUCUCAGGGCCACAUCCUCUGGCCGGCAGACAGCCCCCCUCAUUGUAGCUCGUUAAAUAUGUGCAGCAAUACAGAAAUGUGUAGCUUCAGGUAUAUAUAUCUGCCUCCUAGACGUCAACUUGACAAAUGAUAUGGAAAAAGUACUUAAGAUAUCUCACUUCUGUGAAUUCAGAGAAUGUAAACUUUGGAGAAAACAGACAAUAGCAGACAAUGGCAUCACAGUGUUUCAGAAGGCCAAAUGAUAUUAAGACCCCUUUGACCUAGGAGGGUUAUCUGGUUAUUAUUAAAACUUAUCAAGUUAGGAAAAUGAGAGGACCAGGUUUGCACCUGUUCCUGUUUUUCACAUUGGGAGUGUGGCCUUAAGGAGAGCCUACGAUCUCUUGAGCUCACUCUUUAAAAACAGAAAUGGAAGUGGAUCACUGUAUUUCUUUCCAGGCCUAAACAUCAGUUCUACAUGCUUCCUUCUGUGACCACAGCUGACAUUCCUUGAAGGAUGACUGUUUUUCAAGUCUUUUAUAGGUAUCAUCUAAGCUUUAUCAAAAGCCUAAUAUUCUUGUUAUUAUCCCCACCUUACAGGUGAGAUAUCAAAGACUUAGGGGGAUUAACACAGCUUUCAAUUGCGAACUAGGAUUCACACCCCUCCCCACCUUGCCCAUUGUAUGUUGCACCUUCAUUCACUUAUUUAUAGUAUGUGGAGAGGAUUCUGUGUGCAAGGUGUUGUGCAAGCUUAUGGGGAUAAUCAUGAAGAGCUCAAAUAAGUAGGAAAGACAAUAUUCUAGCAACUCUAAGGGUGUUUGCUGAGUAUGGUAAUACAGGAGGCUUUGCAAAUCUAUGGUAUUAUUUUGCCUUGUUAACAAAACCAUUUGACAGUUUAAGUCUACUGAUUGGAAGAGCUCAACUCUUUUCUUUGUAUCAUUUUGGAUAGUUCUCCCCCUCCAAGAUAGCGGGGUGUUAGUCUUCCUUGUAUAAUUAUUUUUGUCAUAUGUUUACAUCUUUCACUAAAUUUUAAAUUUCCCUUGAGGACAGAAGCCAUUUCUUAUUCAUCUUUUGGUUCCCCAGCACAGAAUUGAUGCUUAAUGAAUUUUACCUCUGCUGAUCUCCUGCUAUGUCUAAUUUAUGGCUAGCAGCAGAGACUCCUGUUUAUCUGCGAAAAGGUGCAGUCUUCAAGAGCUUUAAAUAGGGAAUCCUGGGUGGCUCAGUGGGUUAAGCCUCUGCCUUCAGCUCAGGUCAUGAUCUCUGGGACCUGGGAUUGAGCUCUGGGUUGGGCUCUCUGCUCAGUGGGGAGCCUGCUUCUCUCUCUGUCUGCCUCUCUGCCUACUUGUGCUCUCUGUCUGUCAAAUAAAUAAAUAACAUUUUUUUUUAAGGCUUUAAAUACACACAUUCGGUGUAGGCUAAACAAAUGAUAAACUCAGUCAUUCAUCUGGGAGGAAAGAAAACUUUUUUUUUCCUUUUUCCUUUGUGUUCCUGAUCCCUUGUGUAACACAUUAAAGUUUAAAAUGAUCAUUUCAGUAGGAAAAUCAAGCCAUCAUUAAAAGUCAGUUAAUCCUCUUUUUAAACAACUUACUGCUUUGACUUUAAAAUACUUAAUCAACCAUUUUGACAGAUUUUUCUUACCCAAGUGAGAGAUCACUUCAUCAUUAGAGGGUGCCAAGGUGUCCCUCCAAGUUUAUCCUUCCUUCCUUUGGGGAUGUGUGGGCUGGUCAUAACACACUGGAAUGCUUGCUAACUUUCCGGGCGCUGUGCUUUCAUUUGGAAAUUAACAAACUCUAACUCAUGCAGAGAAAGCGAUAAGGUUACCAAAGAUUCUGGAAACAGUGUCGGGUUUGAAUCGGAAGGCUUAAUUUAGGAGAAGCAGGAGAGUUCAAGAGGACCGAUUUGCUCUGUGUGGCUGCAAAAAGCAGAUUUUUAAAAAUCUCUGUGAAAAAAUUCUUCACAGAGAGUUCUUUCUCUGUGGGGUUAGUCUGUGACAAUUCUGGGGUAAUCUAUGACAAUUCAGGGGAGUCUAUGAAUUUGGGUGGUAAAAAAUGGCAUCUUUGUCUCUACUGCCCUGAAACUGAAAUUUCCCUUUCCCUUUAGCUCUGAACGUCAGCAGCAUACCCCAGCAGUAUUAGCAGAACCAUCACCUUGUCACCAAGAGAAAUCAGAGCUAUUUUCAUACUACACCACAGUUGAUACAAAUGUUUCAAAAUAUCUCUUACACCUACCACUACUUCAAAAUUAUGGUGCUUAUGAUACCUACUUCUAGAUCUUAGUAUUAACAUGUAAGGAAGACCACAUAAAUCUAUAUCACACUUUUAAAAAAAUAUGUUAGUAUAUAUAUAUUUUUAUAUUUCUACACACAUAUUUAUAUAUAUACACACAUACAUGUGUGUGUGCAUGUGCGCACGUAUACACACACACAUACAUAGUUCCCUAUUAAGAAUAUACAUUUCUGGGGGAGCCUUG